UUGUAGCGGGAGCCUGAGGACUGGAGUUGGAGCGGGUGAGGGGGUGCCGAGAGGGAACAGGGGGGUCCCGGAGGGCCGUUUUCCUCGCUGGCUGCUGAGUGGUCGCUCUGAGCGCCCCGAACCUCGCAGUGUCCGCCUUGUGAGCGGCGGCGGGGUCGCUCCGUGGAAGGUACCUGGCCGGGCGUGGCGGUCCCUCACGCGGGGCGCACCGAGCGCUUCUGCGGGAAGGUUUAUCCUAUUUAUCAGUUGGUUUUUAGGGACACAAGAAAAAGAAUUUCUGCUUCACCUGUCAAGUUUGCGAGCAUCCCCCCACUGUCCAUCUCUCUCAGACCAGAGGCUCCCCCUUCUGUUCAUUCCUACAGGUGUUUCCAUGGAGCCUCCUGCUGAUCCCCAGGAAUUACAGAAGCUACAGACGAUGGUGACACGCCAUCUGACACACUGUCCCCAGGACGCAAUUACCUUCCACGAUGUGGCCAUGUUCUUUUCCCCGGAGGAGUGGAUGUGCCUGGAUGCCGAUCAGAAAAAGCUGUACCGAGACGUGAUGCUGGAGACCUACCAGCACCUGCGGGCCGUUGGGCAUUCAGGGAUGAAGCCUGAAGUGAUCUCUUGGCUGGAAGGCGGAGCCCGGAGGCUGGGGAGGAGAGACGUGUUUGCAGAACUCAAGCUGCAGCUUCAGGAUUUGGCAUUGCAGCAAUUUGAUUUGGGAACGGAGUCUCUGAAUGGGAGUGACCUGGGAAGCAGCCAGCCCAGGUGGAAUGUCUCUGAUCCUGCACUCUGUGACAAAGUCUCGAGUGAGCAGUCCUGCCCUCAUCCCCAUGAGGAUGCCAAGACAGGCCUUUGCGUGGAGCCUCCUGCGGAUCCUCAGAACAACAAGAGGCAGGAGACGAUGGUGCUGCGCCUUCUGAAAAACUGUCUCCAGUCCUCAUUCCUCUUGGAUUUAUGCUGAAAGACCACUCAUGGGAGUGUUCAGGGACUAUGGGGCUGCUGAGGAUUGAACCCAGUUGGCAUCUUAAAAGGUUGGUGCCUUACUCCUGGUACGAUUGCACCAGGCCGUCAAAUAAUUCUUCUUCUCCUUCUCUUUCUCCUUCUCCUCCUCCUCCUCCUCCUCCUUCUUCUUCUUCUUCUUCUCCUUUUUCUUCUUCUUCUUCUACUUCUUCUUCUUCGU